GCUCUAUAACACCUCAGUCCGAGGUCUCUGUGAUGCAUUCGGGUGGCUCCUGAGAUCUUUCUCAAAUUUGAAGCUUGCAAAAGAGCAUUCUAUAUGGAUACUUUGUCCACACCCUCUGUGGAAGAAACCAUGUAUAUGGGAAGUGAAGAAGAAGAAGAUGAGGAGACAAAUGGAAGUGAAGAGGAGGACAAAGAUGAUUCGCAAACAGAUCAGUCAUCUGUAGGGAAGCAGCAGAGACCAGCCUGGGCUCCAUGUUUCUUCUACAGAGCUGGGAAAGAGGUGUACAACUAUGUCGGCCAGGAGAUCAUCAUUCAAGAGGCUCUGGACUCGUAUGCUGGCAUGAUAUGGCCGGCAGGGUUGGCUCUCUGUCAUUACCUGGACACUCAUCGAGAACAGAUCAAUCUCGUGGAUAAAGCAGUCCUGGAGAUCGGAGCAGGAACCGGCCUUGUGUCUGUCGUAGCAGCACUCCUUGGUGGCUGGGUCACAGCCACAGACCUACCAGAGGUCCUGAACAACCUGAGGGUCAAUUUGUGCAGGAAUACCAGGGGCCACUGCAGACACACGCCCCAGGUAGCAACUUUGUCAUGGGGCUAUGACCUGGAGCGCACUUACCCAUCAUCGGUCUACCGCUACGACUACGUGCUAGCAGCCGAUGUGGUCUACCAUCAUGACUUCCUGGAUGAGCUCCUGGUCACCAUGAAGCAUUUCUGCAAACCGGGAACAACUCUAAUCUGGGCCAACAAGGUCAGGUUUGAGUCUGACUUGACUUUCACUGAGAACUUUAAAGAGGCCUUUAACACAAGCUUAUUGGCCGAGGAUGGAGAGAUGAAGAUCUUCAUGGCAACAAGUAGAGAAGGAGAGGAAUGUUUUAGUGAUGUCAUGCUGGAAGAUCCGCUGAGACAGAAGGAGGGGAAAGAAUGGAAGGAGAUUGAAGAUAAAGAUAAAAAGGGGAAAGAAAAGCUUGUGGAGCAAAAAUCCAAUGAGGAUGACUUGAACAAUCAUGAAAAAAUAAGUUAUGAUGAAUUACCAGAAAAAACCAACAUGUUAGAGGAUGAAAGAGAAAAUGAAAAGGAAGACAAUACUGAGUGUGAAGAAGAGGAGAACACGGUGGAGGUCCUCACAGAUGAGAAGGCUCAACCAGAGGACACAGAUUCCAGUUCUGAAGAUAUAACAGGACAGGAGAUUAAGAAAGAGACAGCUCUAAAAGAGAACUGGAUCCCCAGCAUCGGCUGCAGAAUUGCUAAAGAUAUCUAUCAUUAUGUAGGGGAGGAUAUCGUUAUUUAUGAAUCCAUAGACUCUUUUGGAGCAAUGAUGUGGCCAGCGGCGUUGGCUUUGUGCUCCUUCCUGGAAAACAACAGGCACAUGGUGAACCUGAAGGGGAAGGAAGUGCUGGAGCUGGGAGCAGGGACAGGACUAGUAACCAUUGUGGCCAGUCUGCUGGGAGCUUCGGUCACAGCCACAGAUUUGCCAGAGAUUUUAGGGAAUCUCCGGGCUAACGUGAUAAGGAACACCAGAAACCGCUGCAGACACACGCCCCAGGUGGUUGCUCUGCCAUGGAGCUACGACCUGGAAUGCACCCACCCAUCAUCGAUCUACCACUACGACUACAUACUGGCAGCUGAUGUGGUCUACCAUCACAACUUCCUGGAUGAACUCCUGGUCACCAUGAAGCAUUUCUGCAAACCGGGAACAACUCUAAUCUGGGCCAACAAGGUCAGGUUUGAGUCUGACUUGACUUUCACUGAGAACUUUAAAGAGGCCUUUAACACAAGCUUAUUGGCCGAGGAUGGAGAGAUGAAGAUCUUCAUGGCAACAAAUAGAGACUGAAAGGCCAAAGAGGUGUGGAUAGAUUUCCUGAGACACUCCCAUGGGAUAAGCCAUUGAAGUGUACGAAUUGCCAGCAACUCAAAUGGAUCCAUUGAAAUGAUCCAGUGUUUACUAAUGCUGCUAUGUGCUUGAACUAAAAUUAGUUACCUGCUGUUUUAUACAUGUUGGUGGGGGAUAAAAGAAAAAUCUGAGGAGAUGAGUGUGAGUUUGGAUCUGCUGUGGCAGUGACGUUUGCUAAACAAAUGUUCGGAUACCAAAUUCAAGGAUGCUGAAAAUGUGUUGUGAAAAUCAUCUGCCUUCUAUGGUGCAGUCCUUUCUAGACUCAUUAGACACUUUCUCGGAAGUGCGUGUUACACUGGUUGACAAUAACCUUCAUAUAGGAAAAUUUUCUAUAUCAUGCUGAUAACACACAUCCUGUACACUUUUGUAGAGUUAUAUUACAUCCCCCAACACUCUAUACUCAUAUUUUGUAAUUAAUACUUAAAUAGAGUCAAUACACACUUACCUACCACUUUAUUACUGGGUUGGACCCACUUUUUUUUCGUCAGAACUGCUUUAAUUCUUCAUGGGAUAGAUUUAAACACCUCUCAGAGAUUUUGUUCCAUGGUAACAACAACCACUCUGCAACUAUUUGAGCUUUGGGACAUUGUGGAUUAUCCCGAUAGAAGUUAACAUCAGAAGACAGGUACACUGUGGUCAUAAAGAGUCAAUACUUAAGUUGUGCUGUUAAAAAUAUCCUCCACACCAUUACACCACCACUAGCUUAAACCAUUGAUCCAAAGUAGGAUUCAUGUUGUUUACAUCUCAUUUUGACCCUAAACAUCACAGCAGAAAUCCAG